GUGUAAAAAUGUCAACAGUCUUUAGCAAAACAGAGGAAUACUCUAUGUAUUUUGUUGACGAUUGAAGCAAAGUAUAUCAAUAGCGCCGCCUAACAUGAUGCGACGUUUGCAUAUGGCAGCACGAAUCAACAUCUCUGUGUACAACGCACACAAAGACUUUACUUUCACACGUACGUAUAGUUACAGAAAUUUGUGAUUGGCGGCGCUCCCAACAAAGUUUCCACAGCAGUUCUAAACGUCAAACAUUGCUAUAGCAUAUGAGCUAGGUAGUUUUGGUCUUUAAGUUCGGAUGAGGACGACUUUAUGCAGUUAUAAACAUGUUUGGGAGCAAAGUAGGAUUCAUUAUUCAAGAUUUUUUUUCACUUGGGAACAUUUCUGCUGAUAUACGCAAAGUGUACUCAUGAAGCAAAAAAAAAAGAUUUUGCAUACGAGGCUGUGUUAUGCGAACUUGUAUUCAACCAGUUUAAGAACUAAACUUAACACAUUCACACUCAGAGAAUUUUUUUGAGAUCUAAAAUGAAUCACGUCAUCAUAUGUGUUGUGUUUUUCAUUUUUCUAAAUGAAGUUAUUCACUCAGAUCCACAGUUUUUAAAUCAAAGUUCAUCAAAAUUAGCCAACAAAAUUAGAACAAUUGAUCGUAAUAAUGAAACCCUCCGUAACGGAAAUGUGAACACUAGCAGAGAAGAGGCGUCAAUCGUUUCCAAUUUCGUUGAUGGGGCCGUAUGGAAUGUUGAGCCAUCGCAAUCGUUUAAUUUAACGUGUAAUUUUUCUGCAGAACCACAGCCAGAAUUAAAUUGGUACAAGUAUGAAAAGGAUGCGAGAAAGGCAAUUCAAAUUACUGACCGUAAUCAUAUGUCAUUGGAAAAUGAUGGACAAACGCUUCAAUUUAAAUCCGCUAUAGAGGAUGACGAAGGUAAAUACGAAUGUGAGGCUAAAUAUGGACAAAACUCUCAUCAAUCCCGUUCAAUCACCAUAGAAAUCAAUGUGCCGUGGUACUUGCGAAAAUAUUUUUUUCUUGGACUAUUGAUAUUGAUAAUUAUUAUAUUGGUAAUUUGUCAAUCGUUGAGAGGAUUCUCUGUCUAUAACCAACUUGAAAGAGCAGGUUUGGCCAACUUUGUUGCGGGGGAUGUAAAUAAUCUGAAGCCCGAAUUGGCACUAGAUGUACAGGCUGAUCUGCUUCCGUAUGAUCAGAAAUAUGAAUUUCCACGCAACAAACUUAAGCUUGGCAAACAACUUGGCUCUGGCGCUUUUGGAGUUGUGCUCGAGGCAACGGCACAAGGAAUUGUAACACAUGAAGCGGAGACAAAAGUUGCCGUCAAAAUGGUUAAGAAGAUUGCUUGUAAUGAGGUGAUGCGGGCACUAGUAUCUGAACUGAAAAUCAUGGUCCAUUUGGGUCAACAUUUGAAUGUGGUCAACUUACUCGGCGCAGUCACUACGGAUAUUACAAACUUCAAUCUUAUGGUCAUCGUUGAACACUGUCCAUUUGGUAAUCUUCAGAGUUUUUUGGCGAAAAAUCGUCGAUAUUUUGUGGAUCAAAUUGUGCCAGGCACAAAUCAAAUUAAUACUAAAAUUGGUAAAAUAGACAGGAAUUCAGGCUGUUGUUAUCGAUCAAAAGCAUGUAAUCAUACAUUUGGUGGUUCCAGUUUGGAACCGAUACUUCAAUCUGCUUCAGGAAGUGGCAGCUGUCUGGUAAUGAUGGAUGAAACAACAGAGUCUUCACCAUGUUCGAUUACAACUGAAGAUUUGCUCAUCUGGUCAUUCCAAAUUGCGCGUGGAAUGGAUUAUUUGGUCUCACGCAAAGUGUUGCAUGGGGAUCUAGCGGCGCGAAACAUUUUACUAUGUGAUGACAAUAUAGUGAAAAUUUGUGAUUUCGGAUUAGCCCGAUCAUUGUGCAAAAAUGAGAACUAUCAUAUGAAGACCAAGCACAACUUGCCAUUGAAAUGGCUUGCACUAGAAUCAAUAAAUAAUGGUGUGUUUAGCACAUAUUCGGACAUUUGGUCAUUUGGAAUCGUUCUUUGGGAGCUGUUUUCACUCGGUGCAAAACCAUAUUCAUGCAUUAAAAUUGAAGAUUUGAAAUACAAAUUGAAUGACGGUUAUCGAAUGGAGAAGCCGGCUUUCGCCACAGAAUGCAUAUACUAUAUUAUGCUAUCGUGUUGGUGUUGCAAUCCCGAGAAACGUCCGAAAUUCAGUGAAUUGGAAAAAAUUAUUUCAGAAAUGGUUGGAAAUAAUGUGUCAGACCACUAUAUCGAUUUAAAUGAACCGUAUGUAGAGGCGAACGAGAACCGAUUCAACUCAGGCGAAACCGACUAUUUAGCUCUACUAAAAUCGCCUGAUUCUCAAGCACCUCCUGUGCCAAUGAAUGUGUUGCGGGAAAAAUAUUUUCCAUUUAUAGCCAAAACGUCGGACGAUACAUUAAUAGCAACAAAUGGCAUUUAUGUUGACAGCGAUGUACUGAAAUAAAGCCAACAUUCUCCUGAUACUUUGCAAAAAGUAACUCUUGCUGAGAGCACUAUUCCAAACUCACUAUAUGAAUUUAUUUUGCUGGAUCAAUAUCCGAUUGAUAUGAAAGAAAAUAUGUCAUAGUCUAAAAGUAUUUUCGUGGAAAUUUAUGUAUUUCAAUGAAAAAUAAAAUUUUGUUCAAAAUAAGUCUCAAUAUUUUCCAU